GUCGUUGCAGUUGGCUCGGGGGGCCUCACUCUGAAGGUCUCUCUAGAGCGCCCUAGGUUGGAUUCAUCCAGCCAACUCCCCAAUACGAAAGAUACUCCCGUGAAGAUCCUAAAGAAAUCGCCCUCUCGGGGACUCAUUGGCCAGUCGGAAGAAC